GUUGUGCGGCGCGUCGAGCGGCCGAGCGGCGAGCCGUCGACUGCCAGUCUGAGCCUGACUGGCGGUGCAGGAGGAGUGGCGUCGAGUCCUUCCACCUCGUCUUCGUGUGCACGCGGAGGAACUUUCAUUCCCCAACACAUCGUGCAGUGAUAACCAAACAAUCAACGAUUUACCUGAAGUAAUAAGGGUGGAUCUUGAGAUUCCCCUGCACGUGCUUGCGGCGGAGUGUUAUGUGAAGGGCGGCUGUGGGAAGUCUGCCUACCGUGAGUGAGUGAGAGUGGUCAGUGCAGCAAGAUGGCUCACCCUUCGCUUCUCAAGAGCAUUGGGGAGACGGUGCAGGGACACGAGGGGCCCGUCCAGCUCAACGAGGUGUGCGGCCCUGACAAGGUGGUCGGCCUCUACUUCUCGGCCCACUGGUGUCCCCCCUGCAGGGUGUUCACGCCUCAGCUGGUGGCGUUGUACAAGCACCUGAAGGAGAACACAAAGCACCAGCUGGAGGUGAUCUUGGUGAGCAGUGACACGGACGAGACUGCCUUCACCGACUACUUCAGGGACAUGCCGUGGCUCGCCCUGCCCUUUGCCGAUACCAAGAGAAAGGUAGGUGACGUAAUGUCCUCCCUCACACCUGCUGGAGGAGGAUAAAGGGAAACUGGGGUU